AACGAGCAUCAAAAUAUUUGCUCCACCAAAACUUUGUUCUUAUGAACAAAACUGUUUACCCUUGUUCAAUUUUGCCUUGAGCCCAUUUCUGACAUCUUGGAUGACAAUGAUAAUUUUGAUAUUCUGAUGAUUAGGUCACAUUAGCACCAGACGCUCGCUCGAUCCAUGACAUGACUUUUCAAAAGAGAACUUUGGUUCCAUAAAAGGCAAAGAAAUGCCUUGCCCUUAUUAUUCAAAUUGUAGAGUUCCUUUGAAAAAAGAAAAAAAUGACCAGAAAGACAUUGUCCUCCAAUUGAAAACACGGACGAUUUGACGAGACUUCUACAUAUCCAGCAAUAUCAGCUAGAAUAAUUGCUCAUGUGCAAUUGCUCGUUUAUGUACGUACAAGUCAAGCCAUUGGAAACGUAUCAAGCAUGACACGAACUUGAACACUCCACCCUCGGACAAAUGUCGCUCCCUUCGUUAAAGAGACAAUCCCAAUCGUCGUUUGCAUUCAAUGAUAGCGGAAAUGGAGUUUGGCACCACUAAAAGUGAUUCUCGAGUUCUUUUCGAGAUCUCAUCUAAAGCCAAAGAGAAAUGUUGAUGCCAAUUGGACCAGGAAAUUGGUUCUCAUCUCGAAGGAAAAGGAAAGAUUUUCAAGAUCCCGUUGGAAUGACAAAGCAAUGCAUGUGUCAAAGGCACCUGGAAAGUUGGAGACACUUUAGCUCGUCAGUUCACUGGAAGCAGAGGUUCUGAAACAUGAUCGCUUUAAAGGCACUGAUCCGGAUCGUGUCUUUUCUCCAUUUCCUCUCCUCGGGAACUUUGUCCGUUGAAAGUGCCAAAGAGCUAGGCCAACGAAAUCCGAGGUUUCUUUCCCUGUUCCAAGUUGUGCAAUUCCCGAAUGACUCGUGCAACGGAUCAAAUGGCAAAAAUGGAACCUGCUACACCAGUGCUGAAUGCGAAAGUCGAGUUGGAACCAGUUCGGGAUCUUGUGCCAGUGGAUACGGAAUUUGCUGCACUUUUACCGCGAGGUGUGGAGCCACCAGAAGUGAGAAUUGUACGUACUUUGAAUCUAACGGUGGAGAAGUGGGAUCGUGUUCCGUUAAUAUUUGUCCAUGCUCCGACAAUAUCUGCCAGUUGAGAUUGGACUUUAAUAGUUUCGUGAUCACUGGCCCCUCCACUUCUACGGUAUCCACCAGUAAAACUCUGAAUGGACAGCAAGUGGGAAGCACAGUGGGCGUGGCCUCCACUCAAGCCACCCAAUGUCUCACUGAUUCGUUCUCGGUUACUAAUCCCAAUGGAGUCUCACCCUCCGUGAUUUGCGGUACCAACACCGGCGAGCAUUUGUACGUUGACGCCCAUCCCAAAUGCAAUCAACUCACUUUCCAACUGAGCACGCUGACCGGCCAAAUCACGGCCAGCCGCAGUUGGAGUAUAAAGAUUACGCAACUGUCAUGUGAUUUUGUCAAUUUGGCACCCGACGGAUGUGAUCAAUACUUCUUUGGGUCCACUACAGGAGUGGUUCGGACCUUCAACUACAACGGGGGAUCGGGCUAUCAUUUGGCCAAUCAAGACCAAAACAUAUGCGUUAGGUUGUGUUUCCAAAUUCCUAUACAAUCAGUUCUCUCUGAUCUUACUAGCAUUUUCUAUUCCAGGCAAGAGCGAACCACGUGCCGUAUUUGCUGGUCCGCAACUAAUGACAUCGACUUCAUGCUAUCGGGUGGCGCUGCUGGAGGUGUGACUUCAGUGGCUUGUUGCGGAUAUGGCUCCAAGGGAACAAAGACCGCGGGAUUUGAUUGUGUCAUGAUUCCGUCUGCUUCCAAGAUGGCCGUGUCCAAAGUGAUCCUCCCUGCUGCCGCCUUCUGCGGCCGAUCUAAGGGUCUUGUGUCUGUUGGAGGUGGAAAUUCAGCCACAGUUUGUUCUCGGAAAACGCCUUUCAACCUUCGCUUUUUAUCGGACGGCUUUGAAUUUGUAAACGAAGCCGCAAUCACUGACCGUGGGUUUCAGUUGAACUACAUCCUAUCUGGGACUAAUUGCUAACCGAGAAAGUGACUGUUUUCUAUUUCAUCAAAAUUGAUUCGCCAUCGUAUGAGUUUCAAUUGUUUAGAAAGCCACUAAUUUUCUUUGUAAGCCAGAAAUGGAAUGUCUUUUGUGAAAUAAAGUUUUGCUGGAAAGCUAAAGUGCUCAAACAGAAAGCGUCCGCCAAACUCCAGACAUUUUUCAAUCGCAUUAAAAAUGUCGUCAAUUACUCCUACUCCUACUUUGGUUUCAAAUGUAAUCUAUUACAGUCUAUUUUUUUUUCAAUUGUAAAGUAGCCAAUAUGGCAAAUAUAUUGGUAAGCAAACCCCCAAAAUGGGAAACCAACUGCCAAGUAAAUUGACGAAUAGAAAAAAAAGGUCAGAAAAACAUUAUUCCAGAAAAAUCGACAAAUUAGUCGGAUGUUACCGGGUGCGCCAUAUUAUGGUCCACACUUCCUUGAGGCCCCGAUAAACGCGCAAAUGGGAGAUCUGUCUAAUUUUUCUUCCCCAGACAUAUGUUGCUUGUGAUCAUUUCCAACCAUUUUCGAACAUAUUACGGGUCUAAAUUAAAAAAUACACAAAAAAGCCUCUUAAACAUGGCCGAACUGCGAAAGUGGGUAGUGGCCCAACUUUACAAAGAUGACACUAAUAUUAAAAUUGCCAAUAGUAUUGGUAUCCUCCGCACCUCAUUUACAGUAUUAACUAGCCUCAUGCCGUCACCAGGUGAUCGUUGCCUACCUUGAACAAAGGUUGGACUCCAGAGGAUUCCGGUCAAGAUUCAUUUGGGACCCCAAAUGUCCCCAAUCUGAAUCCCCUGGAUUUCAGUACAUGAGGGCAUGGGGAGACCAAGGCCUGUGCCACCAUCCAAUUAUAGAGUGUAAUAAAUUACAUUUGAAGCCAAAGUAAGAGUAAUUGACUGCAUUUUAAUGCGAUCGACAAAUGUCUGGAGCUUGGCCGACGCUUUCCGUUUGAGCACUUGAGCAAAGUGGGCAAGCUGAAGGCUUCAGUUGGCGAGGCCUGAGCAAUGGGUUAAAAAAGAGGAUCUCCGCCAACUUUAUCCCCAGGC